AUGAGUUCGACAACGACGACGCGCCGAAUUGUUACGGGCCACAGUCCCUCUGGCAGAGCUAUAUUCGACUCGGAUGAGAUCCUGACUUCACUCAACCCGGUAGACGGUCAACCAGCAACUGGCAUAAUCCCAGGCAUCACGACAAUCUGCAAGGCCAGUGGAUUCCCUGCCAAAGUCAAUGGACCCUUUAUUGACUUCCACGGUAAAAAACUUAGUCUUGUGGACAAGGCCGGUGUGAUAUGUCGUGUCAUUGACUUUCCACCCAUUGGAGACGCAGAAGACCAGAUCAAUACUGCACAUCGUACUCAAAGUGUUGACUUCGCGGCGGUUGUGGACGGAGAGAUGCAGUUGACGUUGGAUGAUGCUACGAAAACUACCUUGAAAAAGGGUGACGUGGUGGUGCAGAGAGGGACCAUGCAUACAUGGAGGAAUGUGAGCAAUGAGUAUUGUAAGAUGUUGUUUGUGCUUAUCCCUUCAGAGAAGGUUUUGGUUCCCGCAACGGGUGGGGUGUUGAGCCGACGCCAAUGCCACAGUUGGAUUAAGCGGAGGGCAGAAACCGUCAAAUCUGAAUCUCAAGAGAGCGAAUGGGCCUUUCGUUGA